ACACGUCGGAUAGGCGCCUCUCCAUGUUUCUUUACGGCGCACACCAAAAGCCUUUGAGCAAAGAAAGAGGCGAGAGGAGCGGGUGAGAGAGGAGGAGAGAGGAGGAGGAAGGAGAGAGAGAGGAGGAGGACGCUGGCCGCCAUAGCCGGAGCUCGCGCGAGUUUCUUCUACCCAGCGGGCGCUCGAGAGUGAAAAGAUCGCGAAUCGCACAGCGGGGCAUUUCUGUGCGUCCUCCAUAGCUGAAGUAGCGAGCUCUGUCGCGCGAGGAGCGCGGGGCCUGGACAUCGAAUCGCACAGAGAAUCCCACCUCUCGGCUCUCCAUGCCUCUUCUUUCCUUCGCAUCUUCGUCCGCAGUAGUGCUCACAGGCCGCUGCUCUGGUUCUUCCUCCUCCUCCCGUUCUUCCUUCUUGUGUUCUUCGUGCCCGCCCUCCUCGCAGCAAGGAUUUGGGGCCUCUUUCUCGAGCACGAACACGAAUCGCCAAAGGGAUCUGGUGCUCCUGUCGCCGCAGCUCCUCAAGACCAAGCGCCUCUCCUUCCGGGACUUUAGAUCGACGCCCAUAUUCAACAGCCGGCCAUUCACGAGUGAAGGCACGCCCCCCGAUCGACCCACCAGCGGCGGCGGCGUGCCAGCGGCAAUCUAGCACGGGGCAUCGCGCGGAGCACAAUGCCGGGGCCGCAGAUGCGCUCAUCGAGGCCACUGAGCGUCAUGCUCAAGGCGGGCGUGGUCGCGCCCGCAGCCAUAGCCAGCAAGAAGGGGAAGAGAGCCGCCAAGAACGCGUGGGAGGAGGUAGAGGUAGAGGUAGCCGCAGCUCAGUGCGCGAUCGCGAAGAAGAAGCCCAGGGGCGGCGGCGGCGGCGGCGAUGACGAACUGAUAGUGGUGGAGGAGAAUCUCAUCCAAGUUGGAGUGGAGGAAACAGUGGAGAGCGAGGAUGAGCACGAGAGCCUGUGGAGGAACAGCCGGAUGUAUCGACCCAGAAAGCUGCGCGUCGUGUGCUUGGAUCCGGAAGCCACCGAGUCGUCGAGCGACGAUGACGAGCUCAAGAGACCCGGCAUGAAAGCUCGCGGCGGCGGCGGCGGCUGCUCGUCGGACGAGAGCGAGAGCGAGGAGAUUGGCGGCGCGUACCGCAGUAGCAGCUACGUCAAGGCGUUGAUGGCUCCAAUGGCGAGCAGCCGGGAAGAGGACGAGGACGAGGAGGAUGACGCGGGCGGCAUACCGCCGUGCAAGACCAACGAGUCCGAGGUGGUGUCCGAGGUGGCGAAUAGAAAGCCCCGGAAGCUCGUCCCCAGCGCCAAGCCCGGCAAGGGACGCAGCCAGCAGUCCAAGUACCGCGGCGUCCGCCAGAGGCCGUGGGGGAAGUGGGCCGCGGAGAUUAGAGAUCCUUUCAAAGGCACCCGGCUGUGGCUGGGCACGUAUGACACCGCCGAGGAGGCCGCCAUAGCCUACGACAAGAAGGCCCGGGACUUGAGGGGCGAUAACGCGCAGACCAACUUCGCCCCCGGCGAGUUGGUGGUGUUCAAGAACAGCGACAACGAGAUCACGACGUAUCGAUCGGAGAGAGUUAGCGGCACGCCGCGAAAAGUUGGUGGUGGUGGUGCUGCUACCACUACUACGACUGCCACUGCUGCUAGCGCUGCUGCUACUGCGCCUCCUCCUCCCAGAAAGGACGUUUGCGUGAUGAACUUCUCGACGCCGUAUGCUGGCGGGACUUGCGAGGAAGUAGGCGAGGAAGAUGACGAGGAUGGCGGAGAUAACGACGAGGAUGAACAGCAGCAACAGGAGAUCGAGGAGGAGGUGGAAGAAGAAGAAGAGGAUGGGGAUGACGAGCAAGAUUUGUUGCUCAAGCCCGGGCCCCCAAGCUCGUCAAAAGCGCAAUCGCCGUUCAAGGCUCGUGCUGCGUCUCCGUGCGGUACGACGGUGGGAUCUUGCAGUACUUCCUCGCAUCUCACUGUUGCGGAUGAGGACGAGGCGAGCCGGCAACAGUUGCCGACGACGGUGGCGAGAUCUGGAGCCAAGAAGAAAAGUCGGGCGGUGGUGUCGUCGAGGAUGGUGGUGGCCGAGAGCUCGGACAAAACGGGCGGUGGGCGCGAGAGGUCGCCGGCUGCGGCUACUCGGAAGAGGUGCUUGAGCCGGAGCAGCAGUAGCAUGGUGGCGAACUCGCCGAGCUCCGUUUUGGUCCGCUCGCUCUCGCGGAGAGCGGCUGCUACCACGACCACUACCACGACCACGACCACGACCACGAGUAGUACCACGGACAGUGAGUCGUACAUGACUGAGGACUCGGGCUCCACUUUCAAGCUCGAGGUGGAGGUGUCCAAGAACAGCAGCAAGGACUCUAUGUUUGACGACGAUUUCCUGCAAAUGCUGGGGGUGGCUUUCAAUGGGGACGAUGAUGGUGGCCGGGGUGGCUGCGUUGGUGGUAUGGAUCUCGACUUGGAUAUGCUCGGGGAUGGUUUCGGUGAGGACGAGAUGGACUUGGAGUACUUCGCCGAUUUGUCGACGAUACAAGUGUGAUGGGUGUGAGCGAAGCGAGCGAUCAAAAGGGAUCGGUGCGUGUGACUAGAGAAGCAAGAAUUUUGGGAGCCAGUUUUGUUUGGAGGUCUUGAGAACUCUCGGAGGAACUCGGCUUUUCAGUUUCAGUCAGGUACAUAAGUUUUCUUCCUUCGUUUUUUUUUUUGGUCUUAAGCUAUACAUAUCAGAUGAUGAGAGAGUGACGCUACUGAGAAAGUUUUGUAGCGAGCUGUUGAGAGAGUUUUGGGCCCAGGUUUGUAGCGAGGGGCCCUGCGAGAGGGUGUGAUCCAGAAAAGUUUUGUGAAUGUAGAUGUUUGCCUGAGUAUUUAAAUGAGAUCGGUCUUCGAUCGAAGUUUACAUA